AUGGGCUUCUCGGUGGGCUUCCGGACCUUGCUGAGCUUCCAGAUGGUUGUGCGUUUCCAGACGGUCGUGAGCUCCUUGGUGGGUUUCCUGAUGGUCCUGUUCACGGGCUUCCUGAUUGUCGUGAGCUUCCAGAUUGUUGUGAUCUCCCCGAUGGUCGUGAUGCUUGUCGGCUUCGUGCUGGUCGUGGGCUUCAAAAUGAUGUGGCUCCAGAUGGUCGUGAGCUUCCAGAUGGUCGGGAGCUUCCAGAUGCUGGUCAUGAGCUUCGAGAUGGGCGUGCGCUUCCAGACGGGCGUGAGCUCACUGGUGUGCUUGCAGAUGGACUUGGUUGUGUAA